ACGCCGCCGCUACACUCCGCUACCCUCUGCAGUCAUCACGCUCGUCUUCGUUUUACGUGACACAGGUGUUUGAGUUGUUGUUUGCGCCGUCUUAUUGGUAAUCGACAACGAUGUCCGACUACGACUUGGUGACAAAAGCUCCACUAAAGCUGAAGAGUUCCUCUGGGAUUAAAAAAAAAAAGAAAAAGGACAAGGAUCUCAAGAAGGCUUUGGAACACACAAGCGUGACUUCACCAGAAGGACAAGGAAAGAAACCGGUCGUCAAAGAAGUACACCGGACCAAUGCGGAGAAGGCAUUCCUAAAGAUGCAGGAGAAACGGCAAAUUGAAAGGAUCAUGGAAAAAGCAUCCAAGACACACAAGCAAAGAGUAGAGGAAUUCAACCGGCACUUGGAUUCGCUGACAGAGCAUUAUGACAUUCCUAAAGUGAGCUGGACGAAAUAAGCAUCCUUCAUGUGAUUCUCGACAGGACGUUUGCUUUCAAGGACAUUCAUCAGCUUGCGCUGCGACGCACUGUGCUCAUCUCAAAGACCUGUGGCAACUAGAAGCAUGUAUAAAAGUCUGCAAGCGUGUUGUGUGUAGAAAGUUUAUGUAGGUUCAACCAUUCUUGUUGUGUAUACAUCCAUAAGACUGUAUAUUGGUAAAAAUAAAAUGGCCCUUCUCCUGAUGAGAAAUGAA